GCUCGGAACUCUGCAAGUACCAGACGUGGUCAUCUCAUAUUCUAAUCUGUUCAAACAUUGCCGGCUGAGGCUGAGGCUGAGGCUGAAGCUCAAUCCGAUCCCAAAACAUACAAAUUGGGUGGUCGGUGUUUCUUUCUCUUUUCUUCCAGAACUACUUUGUUUCCAAACAAACAAAUUCCGGGGAAAAAAAAGUCCAUACUUCCAAGUCUCCCAGAAUCCUCACGCGUGGUCAUAGAAAAUUCAAUGUUGGAUCAAGGAAUUCAAAACCUGCAAAAUCGACAUUACCUUACCAGGAGGACACGUUGAAAGAAGAGAACCUCAAAAUUUCUCCCAGUUUUUUAUUUAGGUCCUGGAUUAUCCUACUAACAUUUGAUUCUCGAUUGCUUCAAAAUCUCUGCUGCAUGAAUAAAGAGAAUCGUCUUGUAGAAGAUUUUGUUAUUGUGCACUGGAAAAAGUAACUUAUUUGGGUGUAAGACCGGGGGAAAAAAAUCAUAUAAAGGAUCUCGUGCAUUAGUUUUAAAAUUUUGUGAGAAUAUUGGUGGAUUGACCAAAUGAAUGUGGUGGGCAAAGUUGGGAGCCUUAUAUCACAAGGUGUGUACUCUGUCGCCACCCCAUUUCAUCCCUUUGGUGGGGCUGUUGAUGUGAUUGUGGUUCAGCAACAGGAUGGGACUUUUCGAAGCACCCCAUGGUACGUCAGGUUUGGUAAAUUUCAGGGUGUUCUCAAGGGAGCUGAGAAGAUUGUUCGUAUAAAUGUAAAUGGCGUUGAAGCCAAUUUUCAUAUGUAUCUCGAUAAUUCUGGUGAAGCAUAUUUCAUAAGGGAGGGUGAUACCGCUAAAGAAGGCGAGACAAAUGGGAUUCUUAAGAAUUCUAAUACUGGGAAUGCUAGACUCGAGGAUGGUAGAAUUGAUGACGGAACCAAUGAAAAUGGUGGUCAGAACACUAUUGAUACUGGCAGGCUUGAACAUAGUGUUUCUGAUUCUGGGGUGGCUCAACUGCGAAAUGAAAUUGAUUCCUUAAGUGCAGACCGAAUAGAAAGGUCAGAAUCUGAUGGAGACAGGAGGCAUUACGAAUUCCAAGAUGACCAGUCCUCUUUGGAGGGUUCAGUGGAGUUAUCAGAAUAUGAAUCUAACCGAUAUGAGAGUUUUGACGGUGAGUCUUAUGGGGAGCCACAGGGUUCCGAUUCAGAAGUUAUCCUGGUGAGUGUGGAUGGUCAUGUACUGACAGCCCCCAUUUUGUCAUCAGAACAAAAUACUGAGAAUGUACAGCUAAGCACACCUCAAUUUCAUCUUGGGCCAGGAGAGGGGACUGACUUUUGUGAAGACAGUGAGGAGCUAAAUCCUAGUGAUAAUCCAUGGGAUGCUAAUUAUACCAGUGAGAUGAAUGCAUCUGCACCAAAUGUCUUAUCGGAUAAUCUUUGCGGCAUUAAUAGUGACAUAAAUCUGCAGGGUCACCAACACCUGGAAGUUUAUGAAAGCGAGGUAGAACAUGUCUGUAAUAACCAAGGAACUCAGGACACCCCUAAACUGGAAGGAGAUUUUCACAUGAAUAGUGACUUAGAAGAUGCAUCUGCUAUCAUCAAGAGUGAAGAGGUGUUCAGGAGUUGUCUGGAGCUAUCAGAAUUGACCAAACAUGAGGGAAAUACCCAUUUCGAAGAAAUUCCUCAGGAUGUUCAAAAUUCUCCAAAGGAAUCUCCUCAAAGUCUUUCAGCAGUCAAUGGAACUGAAGAUGUUGGUGCUGUUGAAAUCAGAAAUAAUGAUGAAUUAUCUCCACCAUGCAAUUCUGAUUCUUCUAGCAUUGAUAAAGCCCCUUUACAGGUUCAAGUUGAAUUGAUAGGGAAAAAAGAAGAGCAUACCUGGCUUGAGAGCAUACCUGUUCAUUCUGCUGGUAAUGGUACAGAAUGGAAAGAUAAACAAGUUCGUGCCUUGGAAAACGCAAUGGAUGGUAACCUGCGAAGUUCUGAACCUGAAGAUGAAUGCGUUAAAGAUGAGAUAGUGCAACCUCAAACAGCUAUUUCAAGCAGAGUGAUACAAACUAAUUCAAAUUUUGCAGGGUUUGAGAUCUCACUCUGUGGGAAGGAACUCCGGGCUGGAAUGGGCUUCGCCGCUGCUGCUGAAGUUUUUGAUGCACACCAUGUAUCUGUUGAGGAAUUUAAAAAUUCUGCAGCAUCAAUUAUCGAGAAUGAAAAUUUAAUUAUCAGGUUCAGAGAAAUGUACUUGACAUGGGAGAAAGCUGCUCCUGUUAUGCUUGGAAUGGCUGCAUUCAGUAUAGACUUAGCUAUUGAGCACGUAGAAGCGAUUCCUGUGGAACAGGAUGGUACGGGGUUGGGGGAUUGUGAUACUCCAAUUACUCCCACUUCUUCAGGACGUAGAUGGAGGCUUUGGCCUAUUCCAUCUAGGAGGGUGAAAACAAUUGAGCACACAAGCAGUAAUUCAUCUAGCGAGGAGGUAUUUGUUGACUCUGAAUCCGCUUUUCAGAACUCACAAGCAGAAACAGCUGCAUCGUCCCAGGGUGGAAAUGAAUCUCCUCACAAGCAGUUAAUCAGAACAAAUGUUCCCACGAAUGAGCAGAUAGCAUCUUUGAAUCUGAAAGAAGGUCAAAAUAUGAUAACAUUUAGUUUCUCCACUAGGGUUCUUGGAAAGCAACAGGUUGAUGCUCAUAUCUACUUAUGGAAAUGGAACGCACGGAUUGUAAUUUCAGACGUUGAUGGAACAAUUACCAAGUCUGAUGUGCUAGGCCAGUUCAUGCCUCUGGUUGGAAAAGACUGGACGCAAUCCGGUGUAGCUAAGCUUUUCUGUGCAAUAAAGGAGAAUGGUUACCAGCUAUUGUUUCUGAGUGCACGUGCAAUUGUUCAGGCAUAUCUGACCAGGAAUUUUUUAUUCAACCUGAAACAGGAUGGGAAGGCCCUUCCAAAUGGACCUGUUGUUAUUUCACCUGAUGGUCUAUUCCCGUCAUUAUAUCGAGAAGUUAUUAGAAGGGCGCCACAUGAAUUCAAGAUUGCAUGUUUACAGGAUAUCAGAAAACUCUUCCCCUCUGAUUAUAACCCAUUUUAUGCGGGUUUUGGGAACAGAGACACUGAUGAGCUUAGUUACAGGAAAAUUGGGAUUCCUAAAGGCAAAAUAUUCAUUAUAAACCCAAAGGGCGAGGUAGCCAUCAGCCAUCGCAUAGACGUGAAGUCCUACACAUCUUUGCACACUCUUGUCAACGACAUGUUCCCCCCGACUUUGUUGGUUGAGCAGGAAGACUAUAACUCAUGGAAUUACUGGAAAGUGCCAUUGCUGGACAUGGAGUGAAAUUAGCCUAUAGGUGGUGGAAAACGGUUCCCUUGUGCAAUCAGAGAUGGUCCGUGGCUUGAAGCUUCUCACAAAAGUAGCGCUCAAUAUACUUUCCAUUGCCUGCAUUCUGUGCUGGAAUUGAUGCGGAGCUCCUUCAUUUGUUGGUUGUAAACAUGCAUGUUGUACAAGAAGUCUGGGUCUUGGACAAUUGAUGGAGCGCCCCUGCCCAUUGAAUAAUAUAAAAGCUCCCUCACUGCUCAUCGAUAUCAUUGUUUCGGGUUGUACUAAUACAAUGAUACCUUACUGGGAUUAGUUUAGUGCAACUUUGAGCAGUCUUGAAGAUGAUUUUUUAAGAUCGAAAUUCUCAAGACCUCAUGAGUUGAUUAUUCUUGAUCACUGUAGACUUACUGGUGCGCUACAUAAUUAUUCUUUUUCUAAUAGUGGUGUUAGGAUAGCUUACAUAAUUUGUAGAUUUGUUUAGGGGUAUAUUGAGUGUAUUAAAAAAAUCAUAAAUGAAUGAGUGCUAGUCAUUUUUUAUGAA